AUGAUUUCUCUUGUCAAGAUCAUUUUAUUUCUUGGGAUCCUCUUUGUCCAAUUCUCUUCUUCGUCUGUCAUUCCAAGACAUGGCCAGCACCAAGCAUCACCUUCCUCAGCUCUUGGUUUUCCAACCUCUACAAAUAAAUCAUCACUUCCUGUCUCGGUAUCAGACUCGGAUGACUCUGACAGCUCUUGUGAAGCCGGUAAUUCCAACGAUUCCGACGAGACCGAUGGAUUAAACGGAUCCGAUUCAUCACCAGUUGACACUCCCUCAACAGUGGACACUGUCGUUUCCGUUCAAGUACCGGCAACAUCAGCUCAGCCAACUAUUGCAACCUAUAGCCCUGUAGUGCCGACAAAAUCAGCUUCAAUCCCAGCAACGGCUUCAGCUACUGCAAACCCCACCUCUACCCAAGCAGCUGGAGAGUUCUGGCAACCGGCCGCUGGUUCUACUUGGCAAAUCGAGCUUUCUGGCGUUGUCAGUGAUACAUCGUAUCCAGCCGAUGUUUUCGACCUUGAUCUCUUUGAUACACCUCAAUCCACUAUCGACGCUCUCCAUGCUGCAAAGAAGAAAGUCAUCUGUUACUUCUCCGCGGGAAGCUUCGAGAAUUGGCGCCCUGAUCAAGCAGACUUCCAAGCUGCCGAUAAAGGUAGCGCCAUGGAAGGAUGGGAAGGCGAGUGGUGGCUCAACACCAAGACCGCCAAUGUCCGUUCCAUCAUGGCCGCGCGAAUCGAUAUUGCCGCAAGCAAAGGUUGUGAUGCUGUCGAUCCUGACAACGUUGACGGCUAUGCCAAUGCAAAUGGUGUUGGUCUUACUUCAGCCGAUGCCACAGACUACCUCAACUUCCUCGCUGAUACAGCCCACGCCAAAGGAUUGUCAAUUGGCCUGAAAAACGCAGGUGAUCUUGUCCGAGAGGUUCUUGACAAGAUGCAAUUCCAUGUCAACGAGCAGUGCAUCGAAUAUGACGAGUGUGAGCUUUUCAAGCCAUUCAUCGAUGCUGGGAAGCCGGUCUUCCACAUCGAGUACCCUGAGACGGCACCGUCAAUUUCAUCUGAUGUCAAGAGCGAGAAGUGCGCUGCGGCCAACACGAUGUCCUUUUCUACGGUUUUGAAAACUGAGGCAUUGAAUGCCUGGAUUGACGCAUGCUGA